CAUACAGUGUGUGUGUACAAUAGCAUGUCCGUAGGCAAAAUAUGUGGAUACAGCAUAAUUGCCCCAAACUUUCUGAUUCAGUUUUUCGAUGGGUUAUUCAUUGUCUGUUUUUCUGUCUCAUUGAAAAUGGUGUCUUGCUGAAAAUGUGUUGCAUCAGUUCAGUAUUUCACGCAAGUGUAGUAUGUGAGUGUAGUACUAGAGGACUGGACUUAGUUAUAUAGCAUGGGCGGUAGUUAUAUUUCCCUGUCACAACAGGUUGGUGCAGUUUGAGCACUUUCCAUUUAAUUAAUACACUGGUGGCAAUGGUGGGAUAAUCCUUGGGCAGUCUCUCAAGAUAAUGCCACUGUUCUAAUCACUACACGAGUAGCCCAUACUGAAACUCGGAUAGCAUUGGAUCCUCAGCUUCAGUAUGUGGGCAACACUCCUGCUGAACCCACAACAGUUAUAGAUUGUGCUUCCAACAGCUGCAUCCCUCUUCCUGCUAGUCCAAGACUGACCUUUAUAAAAUGAUGAUAGACUUAUUGUAAUUAUUAAAAGUCUAAGUUCAUGUUGAGUUAACUGAGGUUUGUUUUUACUCUAGGCUGAACACAGCUUUACUGGAAAGACAAGUAGAAAUGGGAUUUCAAAAUUUAACUUUCGUUUCCACACAACAGACACACCCACAAGUCUACUGAGAAACAGAUACACAAUACUAUCAGGUCAAACUGAUUCAUAGGCUCAGCUGGUUGUGGAUAAAAUCUCCAAGCAAUCUUGCUAGCAUGGCCUUCAACUUCAGGACGGUAUCUGGAAAUUGUCCGAAUUUUUCUGCACCAGUUUUGCAUGGUGAGAAACCUUCAUCAAUAGCUUUCGCAACAGACCUGUUGGGAGGGGACGGCAGACCUGACUCGAGUAAAGUCCGCAAGGAGAAUGUGAUAAAUGCACCUGGGGGGUUUGCAGGCCUGCCAGGGGCAGAACAGUGGAAAAGUAAGAUGGAGUCCCCAUGGAGGGAGGUGGCAUGGACUGAGGAUCGCAGGGAGACCCUGAUGGAGUCCAUCAGUUCCUAUAAGCCUGGUUGUGAGGAUUUGUCUGAGGCUCGGGUUCUGCUGGUGGGGCCUGUCGGAGCCGGCAAGUCCAGCUUCAUCAGCUCUGUUCAGUCAGUCUUCACAGGAAGAUUCACUAACCGGGCCAUGGUUGGCUUUUCCUCUGCCAGCUUCACCAAAAGAUCAAUUACAUGCAUAAAUAAAGAUUUACUCCAGUUGUUCAACAUCCGUGGGCGGAGUCCGGAGCAGCCUACUGCGCUGGUCCUGUGUGAUGUCAUGGGUCUGGGAGAUGGGGAGACCACUGGACUAACCCUCCAUGACACUCUGGCUAUCAUCAAAGGCCAUGCACCCGAGGGACACAAGUUCAGUCCUGAGCAGCCUGUGAGAUCAGAGACUGUGGGCUAUGUGAAGAAGCCGUCCCUUAAAGACAAGGUCCACUGUGUCGUCUUUGUGGUGGAUGCUUCUAAAGUGUCCAGCUACACCAAAGGUCUGGGCACCACCUUCCAACAGCUCCGAGAACACAUCAGUGACCUGGGUGUGCAUCAAGUGGCACUGCUGACACACGUGGACCAGGUGUGUCAGAAAACCGCCCAUGACAUCACCCAGGUGUACACCAGUCGGAUCGUUCAGCAGACGAUGACCAAGGCUGGGGCUCUGCUUGGCAUGUCCACCUCCUACAUCGUCCCGGUGAAGAACUACUCAUCUGAGCUGGACGUUGAUGAGAACACAGACAUCCUUCUGCUCAGUGCUGUGGACCACAUCCUGCAAUACGUGGAUCUGCAUUUCCAGGACUGUGCAGCAACAUACCCUAAACUGUCUCUUUAAAAAGGCUGUGAAAUGCUAUUUAAUAUAAAAAUGCAUUACAUAUGUUUAUCAUGUUUUAUGACUUGCUUGCACUAUUGUUAACUUUUUAAUUAGUUCUUUACAGAAGUC